AUGUCAAGAGAAUUGAGGGCAAGUACAGUUCUGGAUGCUCAGUCCACAGAGGACCAGAUGGGACUUCUAGUCAUAAAAGUGGAGAAGGAGGAGGCCUCUGCCUUUGCAGGGGAGGCGCAUUUGCCCAACAGUACUACGCUAGGCCCUGAGCGCGCCCGCCAGCUCUUCCGGGGCUUCUGCUACCCAGAGGCUGCGAGGCCCCGCGAGGCACUGAGCCGACUCCAGGAGCUCUGCCGGCAGUGGCUGCGGCCUGAGGUGCACAGCAAGGAGCAGAUCCUAGAGCUGCUGGUGCUGGAGCAGUUCCUGACCAUCCUGCCGGGGGCGCUGCAGAGCUGGGUGCGGGAGCAGCAUCCAGAGAGCGGGGAGGAGGUGGUGGUUCUGUUGGAGUAUUUGGAGAGGCAGCUGGAUGAACCGAGGCCACAGGUCCCAGGUGGUGACUGGGGACAAGAACUGCUCUGUUGCAAGAUGGCACUGCUGACAAGAGCCUGGGGGUCACAAAGUAGUCAAUUCCAGCCAAUGAAGGCUCUGUCCAAGCAUGAAUCUCUGGGAUCCUGGCCCUUACAAAACAAAGUUCUUCAGGUUCCUGGUCUUGCCCAGGAAGGAGGCUGCAGAGAUGACCCAGUAGUAGCUGCCAAGCUCAUGCCAAAGUCCCAGGGCUUGCUGAGAGUAGAAGAUGUGGCCCUGACCUUCUCCCCUGGGUGGGCACAACUGGACUCAUCUCAAGUGAACCUCUACAGAGAUGAGAGGGAGGAGAACUGUGGCAGCCACAGCUCCCUGGGUAAUGAAAUAUGGACUAAGAUCAGGGACUUGCCUCCCGAUGAGGAAAAUCCAACACAAGAGCCUGGGGCGAUCUCAUGCCCUUUGGGUGAAGACAUUGCCCAGAUUUCUCCAUGUGUAGAAGCCAGUGAACAGGAGGGCAGGUUACACAGAAAGCAGAAAAAUGCCACAAAGAAGAGGCGGCACUACUGUCAUGAAUGUGGAAAGAGUUUUGCUCAGAGUUCAGGCCUUAGUAAGCACAAGAGAAUCCACACUGGGGAGAAACCCUAUGAAUGUGAGGAUUGUGGUAAGGCCUUCAUUGGGAGCUCUGCCCUCAUCAUUCAUCAGCGAGUCCACACUGGCGAGAAGCCAUAUGAGUGUGAAGAAUGUGGAAAGGCUUUCAGUCACAGCUCAGAUCUUAUCAAACACCAAAGAACUCACACUGGGGAGAAGCCCUAUGAGUGUGACAGCUGUGGGAAGACAUUCAGCCAGAGCUGCAGCCUCCUUGAACACCACAGAAUCCACACCGGGGAGAAGCCCUACCGGUGCAAUAUGUGUGGCAAAGCCUUUAGGCGGAGUUCACAUCUCAUGAGACAUCAGAGGAUCCAUGGUGGGGAUAAAAAUGUUCAGGAUUCGGAACAUGGAGGGACCUGGGAAAGUCAAGAUAGAAUGGAAAGCCAGUGGGAAAAUGUUGAAGCUCCCAUAUCUUACAAAUGUAAUGAGUGUGAUAGAAGUUUCACUCGAAAUAGAAGCCUUAUGGAACAUCAAAAAAUUCACACUGGUGAGAAACCCUAUCAGUGUGAUGCAUGUGGAAAAGGCUUCACCCGAACUUCAUACCUUCUUCAGCAUCAGAGAAGCCACGUGAGAAAAGAAUUCUAA